UUUCUAGCCUCUACAGAGUCCUUGUGACCUACUGCUACACUUGUCCACUCAUUUAUCUUCAAUAGACUAGACUACUGGAACACUGUCCUUACAGGUCUCCUUAAAAAGUCCAUUAAACAGCUGCAGUGAGUCCAGAAUGCUGCUGCUCGAGUCCUUACUAAGUUCCUAACACCAGAUUCGGGUCGAAGGAGGUGUCACACCUCAAAUCCAAAAUUAUUAAAAAUGUAACCCCAGGCGUAUACAUUUUUUUUUUUAAUCAAGCUAUUCCUCUUUCUAAUGGUGUAAUGAAUGUUCACAAUUUUAGAUGAGUUGCUUUACCCUGACAACUCCUAUACUACUUUUAGUUUUCUUUAUAUUGUGCAUAACAUAAUGCCAAAUCAGAGAAUGUAUCAAUAGAAAUUAUGGUAACUUUAAAAGUACAAAAAUGCGCCACUGAAAGUCUUUUAAAAUACAUUUUCAAGAUUUUACUAUUUUACAGCUAAAAUAACAAAUAUACAAGAUAUAUUGAGCGUUUAAAAAUACUAUAAAAUCAUUGGAUAAUAUUAGUCAUGUGAUAGUGGUAACCCGGAAACGCUUCUAGAUUUCAACCAGUCACAGCCAUUCAUUCGUUGUGUCUCGUCUCGCAAACUGUCAGGCAGAGUACCUGUCUCUAAAACUGCGGAAUUCCCCUUCCCCUCCCAGUAUGGCUGCAGACCUGAUGGAGAUUGAUGACUCUCUUUACAGCCGCCAGCGGUAUGUGCUCGGAGACAGUGCUAUGCACCAGAUGGCCCAGUCCUCAGUAUUUCUCAGUGGAGUGGGAGCAUUGGGAAUAGAAAUCGCAAAGAAUAUCGUCCUGGCUGGUGUCAAGACAGUCACUCUUCAUGACAUAAAGCUGUGUGAAACCUGGGAUCUUGGUUGCAACUUUUUUAUUCGCAAAGAUGAUGUAUUGAAUCAGAGAAAGAGGGUGGAGGCAGUGUGCCCUCGGGUGGCUGAGUUGAACCCAUAUGUCCAAGUUGACAUGUCUUCCUCUCCUCUGGACGACAACACCGAUCUCAGUUUUCUCAGAAAGUAUCAGUGUGUGAUUUUGACAGAGGCCAGUUUGAGCCUGCAGAAGAGAGUAAAUAAAUUCUGCCACUCACACCAACCUCCUAUCAGAUUCAUCUGCUCUGAUUCAUUUGGCAUCUGUGCCCAAGUGUUUUGUGAUUUUGGAGAAGAGUUUGAGGUGUCUGAUUCCACAGGAGAGGAGCCCAAGGAGAUUUUCAUCCAAAGUAUAUCCCAGGACAAUCCUGGGGUGGUAACUUGCAUGGACAACCAACCUCAUGGUCUCCAGACAGGCCAGAGUGUGAUCUUUAGAGAAGUCAGUGGCAUGGUGGAGCUCAAUGCUGCUGUACGACAGGUUUCAGUCCUUUCCCCUCACAGCUUUGCAAUAGGAGAUACGUCACAGCUCCAACCAUACGAACACGGAGGUUUCUUUGUUUUAGUGAAAACCCCUAAAACGUACAAAUUUGAAACAUUAGAGCAGCAGUUGUGUGAUCCUCAGGUCCUGAUUCCAGACUUCAGUAAACCAGAGGCGCCUCUGCAGAUCCAUGCAGCCAUGUUGGCACUGAACACCUUUCAGGAGCAGCACUGUAGACUUCCCAACAUCGGGUGUUUACAGGAUGCUGAGGUUUUACUAAAGCUGACUGAGGAAGUGAGUGCAACUCUUAAGAAUAAGACUGCUGUGAAUACUGAGCUGGUGCGCUGCCUGUCCAGAACAGCAAGGGGAACUCUUCCUCCGUUAGCUGCAGCCAUAGGAGGAAUAGCCAGUCAGGAAGUUCUCAAGGCCAUCACAGGGAAGUUUGCGCCACUGCAGCAAUGGUUUUAUCUGGACACGACUGAAGUAGUCAGGCCUCUUCAGGCUCUUUCUUCUGAGGAGUUUUUCCCAAAAGGUGAUCGGUAUGAUGGAUUACGAGCUUGCAUUGGUGAAUCAUUGUUACUUGAUCUGCACAAGCUCAGGGUUUUUAUGGUUGGAUGUGGUGCAAUAGGAUGUGAGAUGCUAAAAAACUUUGCCCUGCUUGGGGUGGGACUGGCCAAGUGUUCGGGAGAGGUGUGCAUAACAGACCCAGACCUCAUAGAAAAGUCCAACCUCAACAGACAGUUUCUUUUCAGACCCCAUCAUAUACAGAAACCAAAAAGCACGACAGCAGCUGAAGCCACUUGUGACAUCAACCCAGACCUGCAGGUGGAUGCUCACUUACACAAGGUGUGUCCAGCUACAGAGGGCAUCUACAGCGACUCCUUCUACUCCUCGCUGAACGUAGUGGUCACUGCGCUGGACAACGUGGAGGCACGGAGAUACGUGGACAGCCGCUGUGUGUCCAGUCAGAGACCUCUCCUGGACUCUGGCACCAUGGGAACUAAAGGACACACUGAGAUCAUUGUGCCAAACUUGACAGAGUCCUACAAUAGCCAUAGGGAUCCCCCGGAGGAGGAGAUCCCCUUCUGCACUCUCAAGUCGUUCCCUUCUGUUAUAGAGCACACAAUCCAGUGGGCCAGAGACAAGUUUGAGAGUGCCUUUUUCCAUAAACCCUCCAUGUACAACUCAUUCUGGCAGACACACUCCUCGGCUGAAGUUGUGCUGCAGAGGAUGCAGGCGGGGGAGAGUCUGGAGGGGUCCUUCCAGGUCAUUAAGCAGCUAAGCAGACGGCCCAGUCAGUGGGAACAGUGCAUCAUUAUAGCCCGUUUGAAAUUUGAAAAGUAUUUCAAGAGAAAGGCCCUACAACUGUUGCACUGCUUCCCCCUGGACACCAGAUUAAAAGAUGGAAGUUUGUUUUGGCAGUCUCCAAAAAGACCUCCAACACCCAUUGACUUUGACUUGAACGACUCUUUGCACUUCACCUUUAUUGUCAGCACUGCACGACUCUUUGCAGGGAUUUAUAACAUCUCUUACACAGAAAAGGAUCUUUCUGAAGAGGAGGUGACGAGGAUCCUUACCAAUGUCAAGAUUCCUGAGUACACGCCCUCAGAGAAAAGCAUAGAGACGGAUGAGACAGUGAAGAAACCUGAUCAGAUGAAGUUGUCUCUAAGCAGCGAAGAGGAGAGGGAGGCCAUCACACAGCUGGAGCAAGCCAUCGCCGCUGACAUGGUCACACCAGAGGGGUUACAGAUGCAUCCCCUUCAGUUUGAAAAGGAUGAUGACAGCAAUGGCCACAUAGAUUUCGUCACAUCGGCGUCCUCCCUGAGAGCCACGAUGUACUCAAUUGAGCCAGCUGACAGACUAAAGACCAAACGCAUAGCUGGAAAGAUCAUCCCAGCUAUUGCUACGGCAACAGCUGCUGUGGCUGGACUGGUGGCCCUGGAGUUGAUCAAAGUGGUUGGAGGCUACGGGUUUGAAUCUUUCAGGAACUGCUUCUUUAACUUGGCCAUACCAGUUGUCGUGCUGUCAGAGCCGGCACCAGUUAAAAGGACACUCAUCAGGAACAACAUCCAUUUCUCCAUCUGGGACUGUUGGACCAUCUUUGGCCAUGAGGAUUUUACCCUUUCUGACUUUAUGAAUGCAGUGAGGGAGAAGUAUGGGAUUGAACCCACUAUGGUUGUCCAUGGAGUAAAGAUGCUGUAUGUGCCUGUGAUGCCGGGACACUCAAAGAGACUUAAACUGACGAUGCAGAAGCUUAUCAAGCCAUCGGUGGACCGUCGCUAUGUAGAUCUUACCGUAUCAUUUGCACCAGAAGCAGACGGAGAUGAGGACCUCCCUGGUCCUCCUGUCAGGUACUACUUCAGCCCAGAUGACAAGACGCCCUGACAGCUGACAAGAUGUCAUCCUCAAGCCUCUUGUGUCCUUAAUUCCCUUCUUUUACUGUAUGUACACCGUUAUACCCGAGAACGUAGGCCAGGAGUUCCCUGCAGGAUGAAAGAAGCUCCUGGCCCCCCGCGUAACCCCCUCCCUCCCAGUACUUCAUGAAGCAAGAGGGGACAGAACUGGUCUCAGUUUUUCUCGCCUCACAUCUAGCCAGUGGAACACAAGGCUGCCUGAGUAGCACUUAUCGUACCUCUGUACAUAUGUUUUUUUUUUCUCUGUUCUGUUUUCUACUCUGGUUAAAUGCACAGCUCUGCCUGUGUUGAUGCCUUAACUGAUAACAUUUUUUUUCUGUUUGUGGCUGCAAGCCUGAAAAAAAUGACCACUAAAG